UGAUGAAUAUAUAGGACUAUAAAUAUUGAAUUCAUUAUGUAAUAUUGUCAUUAUUAUGUUAUCAUUCGGAGGUGGAGGUUUAGUGAAUUCAAUAAUUAAUAAAUUACCUUUCGAGUUACAUUUGCCUGGAUAUCAUUAUUGUGGCCCUGGAACAAGACUUUCAGAACGUCUUGCUAGAAACGAUCCGGGUAUAAAUAAACUUGAUGAAGCUUGUAAGGAACACGAUAUAGCUUAUUCCAAACAUACGGAAUUGUCUGAUAGACAUAUUGCUGAUAAAAUAUUAGAAGACAAAGCUUGGGAACGAGUGAAGUCCAAAGACGGCACAUUUAAGGAGAAAAGUGCUGCCUUGCUAGUCACCGGAGCAAUGAAAAUGAAACGAAAGAUGGGUACCUAUGGGUCUUCGGAAUAG